AUGAAGUUCUUCUCCACCAUCGCUCUCCUGGCUACCGCCGUGGCCGCCGUCCCAUCCGACAAGCUCUUCAACCUGAAGACCACUGGCGCCAGCAACAGCUCCCACAAUGACCUAUACCUUUCUGUCGGCCGCGGCAUCCUCCACGACCCUCUCAACAGCGAGGCCGUCUUUUCCGGUGUCCCUGCCAGCCACGCCGCUGCCUUCAGUUUCACCAACGGUACCAUCAUCCUGAACACCCCGUCCAACACCACCAAAGUCCCUUGGACCUUGGACUUGAUCAACGUGGAGGGCGCCCGCAAGGAGCGUGCUCAGAUCAGCAUCAAGCCCACUCACGGAUCCCAUGGCUUCACCUUCGGCCGCGAGGGCCUCAAGGGUCCCAGCGCCACCUGGGACGGAUGGUUGUGGUGCCCUACCGAUCUCCAGGCCGGUCAGUUCUUCCCUAACCUGCACUACCUCAGCAGCAAGGUGCAGGAGCCUGCUGUCCCGGCUGGCUGUGAUAAGAUUGAGCUCCACGCUGUGCCCAAAAAGUCCGCUUAA